AAGACGCUAUCUCAAUUGACCUGUGGCCCCACCACCCUCCCACAGAUUCUCCGCUCCGUUAUCUGCGUUAUGUGUCGACCGACCCUCACGUCGACCUUCUUUCACUUGGCUACGAACCACCGUCCAUUGAAGAUGAACCGAAACGUCACUCUCGCCACCGUUGUCCUGAUCCUGGCCCUGUCCGCGGUCUACGCGGAACUCGUGCAGUGGACGCCGUGUCCACCCUCCACGGAAGAACAAUGCACCAUACAUGAAGUACAUGUUGAUCCAUGCAGAGAAGCCGAAGAAAGAAAGCCUUGUUCUUUAAAGAAGGGUCGCAAUGCGAGCAUAAGUUUCGAGUAUACCCCUCAGUUCACUGGCUCAUUACAAAGCAGGGCAUACUGGGCUUCUGAGAUCGUGGAUUUGCCAUUCUUGGGUAUGCCUGUCGAUGCCUGCUUAUCCACAACUUGCCCAGCCUCUGUCGGUCAGAGGCAAUCAUACUCAGUGCUAUUGCCUAUCUCUAAGAAAUUCCCCGCGCGAACGUAUGAUCUCAAAUGGAAGCUGUGGAAUGAACAAGAGCAAAUGUGCUGUUUUAUGUUUCAAAUUAAAUUGGUGAAGUGAAAUCGUUGUUCUUAAAUCUGCAAUGUAUCAUCUUUCGCAAUGAUUAUAAUUCGUCAAUCAAUUUAAUGAAAUAAUUUAAUGAAAUAAACAAUAUAUUCAUAUCAGUCAUACCGUCUCCCAUUGUCACCCGUCUUUAUACUAUGUCGAACACUAAAAAUAUUUAUUAGACAGCAAUUUAACGACUUUAUAAAAAUAUAUUACUAUAAUCAAACAACGAUUCUUAACUAGUUUGCGGGAACAUUUUGUAGAAGUUGUGUUAAAAAUUCCGUUUGAUUUUGUUCGAUGUUUUAAUUUCCUCAACUAGUUUAAGACUGAGUUCGGAUUUGCAUAAUGUACAUGAAAUCAUUUAUGUUUAAAUAUAUUUAAUAUUUAAAAAGUGCGCGGUCUCGAAGUGUGAAAUAGAAUAUCUAGCAUUAUUUUUUAACAAUAACAAUUAAUAUAUUACAAUGCAACUUGUCAAUAUAAAAAAUACUAAAGAAAGGAAGAUUUAUAAUUCUCAUAAUACACUGUAAUUAUUUUAGUCGCAAAUAAUAAAAUUUAAUCGCGAAUAUAAUAUCGCCACGAGGUAACGCCGUUUGCAAUCGAAAUGAAGCCGUUAAAAUAGAUGAAUACCGCACGAAAGAAAUGGGAUAGUAUCUUUAUCCUGCGCAUUUAAAAGUAAAUCCACUUUUAUAUCGACUAGGUGUCACACACUUUCUAAAUGUUUCAAGCGGAAUGUGCCCAUAUUCGAAAUGUCAUCAGUGAAGUUCAUAUGUUUUUAGACAUAAAUUGAUCGCACGGAUAUUAAUUUAACCAUCUCCAAUCUGCGAGAACCGAUUAAAUGGCUUUAUGGCAUGCUACAAAAAAUUAAAUUAAUAUACUUUAGCGAUCUUUCUGCUUAAAAGAAGUCGCUAGAAAUACAUCAUUCAUUUAUCGAAGUGUUAGAUGUUUCCGAAAUGUGCGUCAAAUGAUAUUUACUGUAUUUAUAUAUUAAUAAAAUGUUUUACAUA